CUCGCGCUGCCCGUUCCGCGCGCGCCGCCAUCUUGGCCUGAGAGGCAGCGCGGGGCGCGCGGAGCGGGCUGCAGGCCCGGCCCCCGCCCUGCGGCACCAUGAGCGGCACCGUGAGCGCCGCCGCCGGACUGCGGCCGCUGCUCGAGACGCUGCAGGAUCCCUCCGCCCCCGCGGGGGACCUCACGGACGCGCACCUCUCUCUCGUCAAUCGCCUGUCUGGUGAGGAUGGCAAAGAAUUCGUCGCAGGCGUCAGAAAACACUUCCCUCAGCUUUGCAAAGUCUUUAAGGCACACAUUUCCAGUGAAAAUACAGAGCUAAGUAACGCGGCAUUACAGGCCUUAGGGUUCUGCGUUUUUAACUCAAAGAUCACAUCUGAAUUAUCUGCAUCUGAAGUAGAAGACUUGCUUUCAACGUUGAACAGCAUUGCUGUGAAGACUUCAGACAAGAACACUCGCACUCGAGCACUUUGGGUGAUCUCUAAGCAGACGUUUCCUUCUGAAAUCAUUAAAAAGGAGGUGUCCAAUCUUAUUUCUACACUGGAAACAAUACUUACUAAGGGAGAUGUACAGUCUAUGAUUGUGGAGUAUGAAGCACUGAAUGUCAUUAUCCGCUUAAUGGAGCAAGCUCCAGCCCAGAUGGGAGAAGAGGCUGUGAGGUGGGCAAAGCUGAUCAUUCCCCUGGUGGUCCAUUCAGCUCACAAAGUGCAGUUACGAGGUGCCACGGCGCUGGAGAUAGGCAUGCCACUGCUGCUCCAGAAACAGCAGGAGGUGGCAGCUGUAACUGAGCAUCUCAUGACCACGAAAUUAAUUUCAGAGCUUCAAAAAUUGUUUUCUACGAAAAAUGAGACUUAUGUGUUAAAACUGUGGCCGCUGUUUGUCAAGUUACUUGGGAAGACUCUGCAUCGUAGUGGCAGCUUCAUCAACUCUUUGCUGCAGCUGGAGGAACUUGGGUUCCGUAGUGGGUCACCAGUGGUCAAGAAAAUAGCCUUCAUUGCAUGGAAGAGUCUAAUAGAUAAUUUUGCUCUAAAUCCAGAUAUUCUGUGCAGUGCUAAAAGGCUGAAAUUGCUGAUGCAGCCCCUGAGCUCGAUCCAUGUGAGAACAGAGGCUUUGGCACUGACAAAGCUGGAGGUCUGGUGGUAUUUACUCAUGCGGCUGGGACCUCAGCUGCCUGCAAACUUUGAACAGGUCUGCAUACCGUUAAUCCAGAGUACUCUAAGCCUAGAUUCUUCUGCUGCAUUACAAGGAACUCCCUCACGUGCACCAUCCAAUCCAAGCUUAGCGAACCCUCCGCAGAAACCAGGUCCUUAUCCAUUUGCAAGUCCAGCCACACCAAGGAUGAACUUGAAUUCUAGUACUGCAGGACUGGUGGCAAUUCCUUCCAUUCAGCUUCUGGGAAUAGAAAUGCUGCUUCACUUCUUGAUGGGACCAGAAGUUUUGGAUUUUGCAAAACAAAACAAACUUGUGCUUAGUUUAGAGCCUCUCCAGCACCCACUGAUUGGUAGCCCGUCCUUUUUUUGUAAGCACGCCAGCACGUUCAUAAAUGCAGUUCAGGAUGGAUUUAUUGCAAUUGGAAAAGAAGUUCCUGAAUCUAUGCUGAAUAGUAUCUGGAAGGACAUAAAUGGACAUGUAAAAACAGCUAUUGAAUCAGGUAAUAAGAAAGAAAAGCAAGGAUCAGAAGUCCUCACUAUGUUGCUCCAGGCCUUAAAAAACGUUGUUAGGUCGAAUUCUCUUCCUGUGCAGAAAAUACUGUCCCUCAUUGAUAUUACUGUAAAGGAAUUGCCUCCAAAAGUAUUGGGAUCACCAGCUUAUCAGAUUGCUGAUAUGGAUCUUUUAAAUGGAACACCAGCUUUGUUCUUAGUUCAGCUGCCUUUCCAUAACAACCUCUUGGAGUGGUGUGUAACAGAUGAGAGGUUCUUCAUAAUCCUGGAAACUCUGAUGCGCUAUGUUUUAUCUGGGCCUACGUCUCCGCUGGCGUUCAGCGAAUCCGUGUUGUGUGUCAUGAAUCAGAAUGCCAAGCAGGUGGAAAACAAGGAGCAUCUCUGGAGGAUGUGGAGUGUUGUCGUUAACCCGCUGACUGAGUGGAUUAAUCGGACCAAUGAAGUAAAUCAAGGUGACGCGCUGGAGCACAACUUCAAUGCUGUUUAUAAUGCUUUGUUGCUACCAGUGUCCCAUAUCUUCCCUGCUCAGGAAUUCCCACAGCCAACGAUGAAAUCCUUGCUGCGUGCUUGGUCGGACCUGUACAGAGCGUUCGCUCGCUGCGCUGCUUUAGUGGCAACAGCAGAAGAAAACCUGUGCUGUGAGGAGCUGUGUGCCAAAAUAAUAUCUGGGCUAGAAGGUGAAACUCCAGUAACGUCUGCAGUGCUGGAUGGUCUCACCCAGGUUGUGUCAGUUAUGGUGGACUGCGUCAACUUUGCACCCUAUGGUAUUAAAUAUCAGCCCAAAAAUAGAUCUCCACAGACACCUACUGACUGGUCUAAGAAGAAAACAGAGUCCCUUGGGAAGCUCUCCUCCCUGUUCAAGCUCCUGGUGCUGUUACUGGACUCUUUCCAUGCGCUCAGUUCCGAAGAAGUCUGCCCAGAGCCAUUGGUCUCCGUUGCUCAUUCAGUUAUUGCUGUUCUUCACAACAUCAUCAGCCACGUUUCGUUGCCUUCAGUGAUUGGGACCAUGUUUGCAAUUUUCUCAAAACCACUGGCAGUGUUUUAUGAAAAAACAAAGCUUGCAGAUGUACCUAAGGCAUACAGUAAUCUCAAUAGCAAGCUUGAAAAACUCCUGGCUGAGAUCAUCCUGUGUUUGCAGUCCCACUGCACGGGCUGCUAUGACAGUGAGCUCCUGGGGCAGCUUUCUCCAUUGCUCUGCUCAGUGUUUCAGCACAAGAGCAAGCAGAUGCGCAGACAGUGCGCCAACUUCUGGAACGCAACGUUUGCUAAGAGCACGUCGUUGGCUUACCCCGAGGAACUGAAACCUGUGUUAAGCCAAGCCAAACAGAAAAUGCCACUCUUGCUGCCUGGUUUUGAAAAUGUCAAGAUAGCUGAAGAACAAAGCGACCCGCUCUCUGAUGAGACGGAAAACUCCCAGUGGGAUGCAAAGCUGAGUGGGAUGGAAGUAAACUUGGGUCAGAAACGAGACUCUAUAUUGGCCCAGACAAGUGAACUAAAAAAUGAAGUAAAAGACAAGUCUGAUAACGUGCAAGUCACAUCUGCAAAGCUGAAACUGGAGUUUUCAGCUUCGAAGCCUAAAAGUGACGUACUGCUGGAGGAGGAGAAAUCUGUUGAUUUUGUGUUCAUUCCCCCAGAAACAAAAGCAAGGAUAUUGACAGAACAUCAAAAAGAAGUGCUUAGGUCAAAGAGAAUUGGUAUCCCUGCUAUGUACAACAAUUUAGACUCAUCACAAGAUACUACCUUAUUUUCUCAGUAUACUCAGAGCCAGGAAGAUUCUUUGGAAAAGUCAUCUUUAAUAGAAAAUGCAAAAGAAGAUAUUAAAAACAAUCCUCAGGAAGAAAAUGAAAAGAGCAAAGGCUGUAUCGCUGAUUCCGAUGGAAUCGGGGGGGACUGCAAAUCAGAUAAUCCUCUGGAGGAUGUGAAGGAGGAGUCUGAGACUCACCUGGAGAAGAGCUCAACUUCAAACAGCGAAGGAGAAUCGCGAAGGGCUGAUACAACUGGAAUCACUGAAGAGGAGUCAUUAAUUGGAGAGGGAUUAGAAAAAAGUGCUGCAGAAACAGCUUCAAAGGAGUCCGUAGUAGGGAAUGAGAACACUUCCAAUGUCAGCAGCAGUUCUGCUUCAAGCGAUGUCAUCUCUGGCACGCCCCAGCCUGCGAGCCGCCGGCAAUCUUUCAUUACGUUGGAGAAGUUUGAUAGUUCAGAGAGCAGGCCCUUCAGCCCUUCAGCAUUAAACAGCAUGUCAGAGACGUCUCGAAGUGCUCCUGUGCCAGAUAAACAGGGAAGUAUAAAUACGUGCAGGACUGGUAAUAAGCCAGAAAAGUCGGGGGAAGAGAAUAAAAGUUCUUCACAAGCUGAGCAAAUUUCUUCUCCGAAACGAAGGGUAACGCGCAGACAGAGUAAAAUGGAACAGCAAGGAAAUAAGCAAUCCAAGUCGUUAACUAACUCAGAACAAGAAAAAAGUGCUCAAGAGCCUCUUGUUUCCAACAGCAUGGAAAAUAGUCCUGAACCAUCUUGUGCAACGGAAGACACGGAACGUGUUCUCACUGCCCAGCCCCAACCUGUCAGCUCUACAGAGCCAGAAAUCAAAAAAGCUGAAGGUGUAACAGCAGAAGUAGAGAAGGUCCGGGCGUUAGAAAUGGAUUCUAAAGAAAACACACCCCCAAAGACAGCUGUGUCCUCUGAGCAGGUGAAAGGUGAUGACAGUCAGGGUCUGCAUGCGUCUCUUGGUCAGAAAAUACUGAGACGUUCUUCGAGGCGGCGCUCAGAAAAUACAGACGUGGCAGCGGGUAGCCAGGAUAAGGAAGAUGGCUACCCAAAAAAAGACAAACGUAAAGAAGAUGAAAAAGCUCUGCAAAAGAAGGUGCCGCAGACUAAAGAGGAUGCAGCCCAGAAGCAGAAAGCAGUUUCUGGGAAGACUUCAGAAUGUGCCAAGAAAAAAGAAAGCACUCUACCUGAGAGAGCUGCUGCGGGGGACUUGGGCCCAAAGGAGCCUCCUGCUCCAAAGGGUCCUGAUGAGGAAGCGAACAAAAGUGCUAGGAAGUCAGAAGAUGCAUUGAAGACUGACACGGAAAGUCAAGAUACUAUGGGUGAGAAGAAAAGGGAGCGCCCACGGUACCACACCAGAAGAAGUUCACAAGGAUUGCUUUCCAGCAUAGAAAACGCAGAGGCUGAUGGCUCCGAGACCAAGAAAGAAAGUUUAAAGAAAAAAUCUGGAAAAACAAAAAACAAAAGUGAUUCUCUUGAAGGUAAAUGGAAGGAUGUGCAGCCGGGAAGCCAAAGCCAUGAGGUUUCUUCUCAAGCAGAUGAAAGUAAGAAUCUGCUGGAGGCAAAUAAAAGCGAGCCAGGCAGUGAAGUCAGCACGGAUGCAGCAGUGAUGCCUGCACCAUCUGAUGCAAAGAAUGAAGAACUACUUGCAGAUGCUGGUGAAGCUGAGAGAUCUGCCAGCUCAAAGACUUCACCCGAUACACAGAAUGCAAGCGUGGAAGAAAGCCAAGGCAGUAUGCUGACAGAAUCUUUCAGUGACCCGUGUGUGUCUGAUGAAGUUUUGGAAGCAGAGGAAAAUAAAUGCAUUGACAAGCAAAAAUUUGCAGAACAGCAUUCGAGUGUUCAGACUGAGUGCCCACAAGGAGCAAACGCUUCAGGUAGUGAGCUUUCCUCUUUGCAAAUGCAGGAGUGUCAGCACAAGAGAAGCAAAAGGGUGAGAAAGGCCAAGAGCUGUGACUGCUGCUCGAAAAGGGCGAAGCAGCAAACAGCAUCGCUCGGUGAGUCAAAAAGUGAGGAUCCUCGUGAGCUGAUGGAGCCCCAGACCACGCCAGUUCAGACAGCUGUAAAUCCAGCAGAGGUGUCGGGCAGUUCAAAUCUGGAAGAGAGCUUGUCCAUCACGCCUUGUGCCAUGAGCACACCGCUGCCUCCUGCUAAGGAAUCCAGUACGUUGAACUCGGAAAGAGAGGGAAAGCGUGAAGAUAAUCUGCAAGGAAAUGCUGGUGCUAUGGAGGAAGAUGUAGAGAAUCCAGCAUGUACAGCAGGUGAAAUUAGUGACUCUGUAGUGGAAACAGAAGAAGCAGUUGAUGAGAACGACAGAGCUGAGCAGUGUGUGUCUGUGUCUGAGUGUGCUCCGGAUGAGCCCGGUGACAGCUCUCUGGCUGGAGGGGAUCAAAGUGGAGAGCAGGCAGCCGUGGAAAGGGAAGAAACAAGUCCGAAUGGAGAAAGGGAGGAGAUCCCUGAGGUGCUGGCUGAUGGUAGCAAACCUGAGACAAAACAGAUGAAUGAGCUAGAAAGCAAUCAGGACAACGAGGAGAAAGCUGAGGACGCUCUGGGAGAAGUUUGCAUUACUCCAGAUAAUGAGAUGAAGGAGGAACUGCUGGAAACUGAAAUUACAGUGCCUGAGAACAUGGCCAUGGGCAACGAAGACGCAGUAGAAAAUAACAGUGCAGGUUCACCUCAGAAGCCAGAAGGUCUGGAUUCCUUCAUUUCGGUUAACGAGAGCCCCAGCGGUGUGCAGGCACGCUGCACGUGGUCUCCUUCAGCUUCUCCGUCCACCAGUAUCUUGAAGAGAGGUGUGAAAAGGCACCAAGAGGAUGAUUCCUUGUCACCUGCCAAUAAGAUUCGUCGGGUCUCUUUUGCAAACCCAAUUUAUCAAGAAGGGCUGGCUGACGACAUAGACAGGAGAAGUCCUGUCAUUAGAUCCCAUUCUUCACCAUCUUCACGUAGUCUUAAAAUCUUAUCUAAUAUUCAGACUAAGCUUAUUACCACUCCAACCAAAGGAUUUCUGUCCCCAGGAUCUCGUAACCCUAAAUUUAAGAGCUCAAAGAAGUGUUUAAUCACAGAAAUGGUGAAGGAGUCACUGCCUUCCCCUACGGAGUGCGUGUAUCCUGCCUUAGUUGGGUGUAAGGCACCCGUUGAUGUAAUUUUACCUCAGAUUACAUCAAAUAUUUGCGCGAGAGGUUUGGGGCAGCUCAUUCGAGCGAAGAACAUAAAGACAGUGGGAGAUCUCAGUACUCUGACAGCAUCAGAAAUCAAAACUCUUCCCAUCCGCUCUCCUAAAGUUUCCAAUGUGAAGAAAGCUCUCAAAGGAUAUCACGAGCAACAGAAAAAUCCUCAGGUAAAAUCCCGAGGGUGCGAAGAAAUCGGAGCGCUGGAAGAUGCAGAGAAAACAGCAAACAGUGCAGAGGAUAAAGCUCCUUCUGCGGAUGAGGAGAAGCUUGCAGCAGAUCUGGGUGAACCCGUUGCCCUGAGCAGCAGCAGCAGCAGCAGCAGCCCCCCCCCUGCAGAUCUCCUGAGCCAGAUGGAUGUGCUCGCUGCUCAGCUCACCUCGGAAGAUCUGCGCAGCUACCCCGGCAGCCGGCUGUUUGAGAUGCAGGAGAAGCUGGCCAGCAUGACAGACUGUAUCAUGAGAACCCUGCGGUCCCGCUGGAGGUCACCGCCCCACGAAGGUGCUGAUUAGUUGCUUAGAAUUCCUAAGGAAGGAGGAUUUUGUUACGAGUCUUUUUUUUUCCACCGAGCUUAGUUUUCUUACCGGUGAGUUAAUCCUGAAGCUGUCCGUUUUGUACUACAGAAGGUUUUCUAACACCUAUACGAUCAAAAUGUGUCAUGCUUUACUUUUUUUUCCUGUUUUUUUUAACUUGUAGGAUUGUUUAUUCUGCAUUAGAGAGAUUUCUAUUCCAUUGCUAUGCAUAUUUCUUUCAGGUAGUGAAAGAGAACUUGAUCAAGUUGUGCAAUAGCAAAGACUGUGAAACCAAACUAACAGAGUAGUUAAAUUAUUUUUCCAAAUCCAAAGUGUUCUUACUGCUGUAAACUCAAUAUAUAUUACGGUGAGAGGCGGCUCUCACGGCUCUGCUCUUGUGCUGCCCGUGUCUGCUUCCUUCAGAGCUGCUGAAACUCCUCAGCACUUCUGUACCGAGGUAAGCUCUGCUCAGUGCCCUGCAGUGCAAGAUUGUGGUGCUGACAGCAGGAUGGCAUCUGUCUGCGUUGUUACCAGCAUCACACGAAGGCUGAUGAUAAAAGCAGCGUUACGAGUGAGAGACUUUGCAGAACUUGCUGGCCCCUUUUUUCUCCUGUGUUCUCACAGCUUUGUUUGCAGCAGCUCUCCUGUGGUGGAGAAGACCUUUUUCCCUUUGUGGAAAUAAAUGGAUUUGACGUGGGUUCUUUUGUAUAUUAUGUAUAGGUUUAUGAUUGCAAAUGUUGGUUAAUAAUUUAUGGUUUUUAAUUGCAUGGAAUGCACUGCUGCUUCUCAGAGACCUUCAGAGUUCUCAGUUUUUACCCCUGAAAUCUAAUUUGUAUAUAUCGGACAUUUAUGGAAAGGAAUCGUUGCAGGUGUUAAACUUCAACAUGUGCAAAUAAAACAGCAAUUAGUUCCCAGA